AUGCCACACUUAUCCGACUGCGGCUACUACACAAUGCGGGAUGCGACCAGAGCUUCGAACGUACAGAACCAACUGGAGAACUCAAAGUUCCACCUCCAUCAGAGCCAGAGCCAGCAAGUCAAGCAGUACCUGACGCUAGGCUCCAAGUUGGCCUCGUCGACCGCGCAGGGACACGCGGUGCCUCACCCCCACGCACCCGGUCAACCGCUGGCCACCGUCCCCAUCAUGAGGAACGGACACAUGGCUUCAGUCAACGACGGUAGCAACCCUGAAAGUCCCGUCACCCUGAUGACAAUGGCUAACCACGAAAACGAGUUUCCGAUGGAUGAAGUGAUCGAUGACCUCAUCAGCCUCGAAUCGGGCUUCAAAGAUGGAGGCCUGGAUUGCAUGGAGUCUAACAUCCUAAUGCAAAACAAUGUGUCCCUCAGUAGCAGCAUGCUGGACGUGUAUGGGGGUGAACAAGAACACGACACACGAGUCAUGGCCAAGGAAAGACAGAAAAAAGACAACCAUAAUUUGAUCGAAAGACGACGACGAUACAACAUCAACUAUCGGAUUAAAGAGCUUGGGACGCUCAUACCCAAGUCAAAUGACCCCGACAUGCGCUGGAACAAAGGAACCAUCCUGAAGGCCUCGGUGGAGUACAUCAGGUGGCUGCAGAAGGAACAGCAGCACGCUCGCGAGUUGGAAAGUCGCCAGAAGAAGCUGGAGCAGGCCAACAGGCGGCUGAUACUCAGAAUUCAGGAACUUGAGAUCCAGGCUCGAGCACACGGCCUCCCUAACAUGGCGACCUCUUUGGGGACAACAGAUCUGUCCUCACACCUCCUCAAACAACAGCAAACAUCCCCUCAACCCCAGCAGCCCCCUCUCUACCAGGAAGACCCCAACGGUGAUUACUUACCCAGGAUCACGGUGGUCACCGGUGUCCAGUCUAUCCCGGCGUCGUCCGUCCCGCAGGACCACAUGGCGGGCGCCGACGGCUGCACCACCUUCUCCGACCCAUUGUCUCACUUCACCGAGAUUUUCAGCGCCACGCUCAAGGGAGAGCACCGACUGGACGAGAUCCUGAUGGACGACGCGCUGUCCCCAUUCGGGGCCGACCCGCUGCUGUCGUCCGGCUCGCCGCAAGCCGCGUCCAAGGACAGCAGCCGCCGCAGCAGCUUCAGCUCAGGGGAAGGCGACGACCUAUAA